AUGCCUUACCUGGACCGCCACAACCGCAUCUGUGGCUUUCUGGACAUCGAGGAGAAUGAGAGCUGCGGCAAGUUCCUGCGGCGCUACUUCAUCCUGGACACGCAGGCCAACUGCCUCCGGUGGUACAUGGACAACCCGCAGAACCUGGCGAUGGGAGCGGGCGCCGUGGGAUCGCUGACGCUGACCUACAUCUCCAAGGUGAAACUCCUUGCUCCCUGCCUCUCUCUUUUAUCCCCUUUUUUGAUAGUUAUCAAUGCUUUAUCUCAGCGCUAUUUCUUACAAGCCAGCGAUCAGAAAGACCUGCAGGACUGGGUGGAGGCCCUGAACCGCGCCAGCAAGAUCACGCGCUACUUCGUCCUCGAUGAGUUUUCCAUCAGUUACUUCAAGUGCGAGCAGGACAAGGAGCCGCUGCGCUCCAUCCUCCUCAAGGACGUCUGCAAGACCCACGAGUGCCUGGUCAAGUCCGGGGACCUGCUGAUGCGGGACAACCUGUUUGAGAUCAUAACGAGCUCCAGGACGUUCUAUAUCCAGGUGAGGGGACGGAGCGAGCAGGUUGCGAGCCAGCGAGCAAGGGCAGCCGGCCGCUUCCCCGGGCGCCGAAUACGGCUCUCGCCGCGCGGGCAGCGCGCGCGGCACCGCUCCGAGCCCCAGCACGCCAAGGAGAAGCCCUUCGCCUUCGACCUGGACGACGAGAGCAUCCGGACGUCCGACGUGUAG